ACCAUACCAAUUUGUCUCGGGCGUUUCACGGUGUCGGAAGUGCGUCUACGUCCUCUGCAUCUGGGUGCGUCGUUCCGUGGUGGUAUUCUCCUGCUGUGGUCUGGUGGAAUUUUUCAAGCCCUUCCUUAGCGAAGAGCCUAUUGUGAUUGGAAAGUGGAUUACUGAAGAUUAGUGUUCUUUUCUUGGGAUGUUUCAAUGUGAUUUCUGUAGGUUAGUGGAGAUCUGCAACCGCAAAAGUUCCCCGCAGUCCGCAUUCUGUCUGGAUUAGUGGCAGGUGAAAAGUUUUCGCGAGCGUUGUGCGAAUCAGUGUUGUCAGGAGUUUCGUAACUAGUCGGAAUAAAUCUUUGUGAAUAUCGUUCGGAAACCUUCUAAAAGUACACAAUUUGUGGCAAGAGUUUGCAGUGUUUGUUUUAAAGUGAAACCCAUCCAAUAAUUUGGAUUCGAAGGAAAAUUUGACAACUCCCAACUUUACUUGCACAAACACCACCACCACCAUCGUUUCACCACCCACAUCAUGGGCCGAUUGAGCUUCACGUUGAAGCUUCUGCUGCUGCUGCUGGCCAUCGUCGGCAUGUUCGUAGCGGAUGCUAAGAAGAAGCCGAACAAGUACGGGGAUGGCGAUUUCGAGUUCGUCGAUGAGGAUGAAAAAAGCAAUCAACAAUUGGACUCAUCCGCGCAGCAAAAGCAGCUACUUCAACAACAGCAGCAGCAACAGCAGCAAAUACCGGAAAAGAAAAAAUGGAUUCAUGAUCCUUCCAGUGAUCUGUGUAAACCGCUAAACUGUAAAAAGAAAGAACUCUGCCUGCUGGAGGAUGCUUACACAGCUGUCUGCGUGUCGAAGAAGGAACUGCACAAGAACAAAUUUAUCAACAGCUACAAUACGUUAUCUAACAGGGAGGAAAUCAUCACCAAAAGUAAAUACAUUGAGGAAGAGGAAACUAAGCGGAAGGUCGACGAAACCGACCAGCCUUCCCUGAUCGGUGCAAGCAACAAUCUGGGUAGCUCUGGUAGCAUAACUAGUGACACCGGUAGUAGCAGCAGUAGCAACGUCGGAAGUAGCACCGCCACUGGAAUGGUAAGCAACAACAACAACAAUAACAAUGCCCCCGCCGAUGAGCUACUACAGCAGGAUCAGGAAGAUCCAGACGACGAAAGUUCCGCCCAGGAGGAUGACGUCUUCUACGACAGUGACGGUGGCGAGAAGGAGGAAGACUGCAAACCGUGUCCGGUGGUGAAACCGACGUUCCUGUGCGGCAGUGAUAACCGGACGUAUUCGUCACAGUGCCGCCUGGACUAUCACAACUGCAUCCAUUGGAGCUCGGUCAAAGUGAGCUGCAUGGGAUUCUGCCCGUGUAAAGACCCCAGUCCGUCGGACCUCAAGAAGCAACAGCGUAUGACCGAUCGGAUGAACGCAUUCAACGCCAAGUAUCAGCGGACGAUCGAAAGCAACGACAUCAACGGAGCUGGUACGGACGGAAACAACCUUCUGGGUGGCGGCAACAGCGGCAGUAGUAAUGGGAAGACGAAGGAAGAAAAGAACCGCCACUUCAACCACAUCAACUCGCAGUACACUUUCACGCCAGAAGACAUCAAGUAUGACAACAAGCACUACAAGUACAUUAAAUACACCACCUACAAGGGCAAGCCCCGCCAGCAGGCCCAGUACGAUCCGUACGGUGGAUUGACAUCAUCCAACUCGGUUGGAACGUCCGGUUCAUCCGCCACGUCCCGGGCAAGCGAGGAUAAGCACAAAAUUCGUGGGUAUAACGAGGUGCUCGACAAACCGGUCAGCAAGUCACCCAAGUCCACCAACAAUGCAGCCCGCUACCCGACGAAAUCGAUCGAGUGCAAACCGCAGCAACUGACCGCGAUUGGCAACAGAUUGCUGGACUGGUUCUCGGUCAUAAUGGCCGACAGUAAGAAGCGCCGUCAGCAUCAGCAGCAGAAGAACAAAGUUCACUUCCCGGCCGCCUGCAAACUGGAGGCCCGCUGGAUGUUCGGCCACUUGGAUUUGAACAACGAUGGGGAACUUUCUUCACAGGAGCUGUACGACUUGGAACAUGACCAGAACGAACGCUGCAUAAAACCGUUCAUCGACACGUGCGAUCUGGACCAGGACAAUACCAUUGAUCCGCGCGAGUGGUGCCGUUGCUUCGAGAAAACUGACCGACCGUGUGCCGCCGUACGGAGGCGCCUUGGCAACGAUUUGAGUGGAUCCGGAUAUGCACCCGAUUGCGACAGUCAGGGUUUCUACAAACCAACGCAGUGCCAUCAAGCCGUCGGAGUGUGCUGGUGUGUGGACGAGCAUGGCGUUGAAUUCGCUAACACGCGCACCCGUGGAAAACCGAACUGCGACGAGAUAAUCAACAACGCAAGCACUCUCAGCACUGACGACGAGGAUGCCGAAGACUCCGAGGAUGACGACGACAGUCAGGAGGGAAGCGCCGAUCGCUUGUUAGUUUUCUAAGAUGCAAACAAAAACAAACUUUCAUUUCCAUCCCCCGCUGAGAACACAGAACAGAGCAGAAAAACUUUCGAUUUUUCCAUACCUAUUACCUAUAGCUUGUGGCGAGGAGAAAAGUUUUUGAUUUUUAUACGCAGACAGAGCUAUCGCUCGGCAUGCCCCUUUUCGGUAACAGUUGAUUUGUUGCUUUUCCUUCAACGGAACGGAACCUAUAAUAGAUAAAUGGAAUGGAAGCGGAGAGUUAAACUUUUGUGUCACUGAUUUCUUUCUAUUGGUUGUUGUUGUUGUUGUUUGUAACAAAAGACUUUACGAUUUUCCGUUCGGGAAUUCGUUCCCGAAUUCUAGAUCCGUGUGAUGUUUGAAACAGAAGCAAGUAGAAUCAAGUCCCCGUCCCGUACUCAGUAGGCGUCGUGUAUCUCCCUUAUUGUUAUUACGUUUGUACUUUCAAAUUAAAAAAAUGCAAAACAGAGUAAUGAAAUGAUUAAAAAAUAAAAGUGACAAACACACGUAAAAAUGAUCUGUCCUCCGUAAAGUGUAAGAAGGGUUGUUUAUGUUUACUUUAGUAGGGGAAUGAAAAUUAGUUUUGAGCAUUGAAUGGAUAGGAUGCACCGUGAAAUGUGAGCUGCGCAGUACAUGUCAAGGUACUGACAUAGUACCUGGCCGUCUUCCAUGACCGUCGGCAAUCGCAGCUCAAAGUGCCAUCAAAAUUAGUUUCCAACCAUUCAACUUGUCUAACGUCGUUUUUUUUGCAUUGCCUUUGAGCAUAUAUAGGAAAUAAGAACAAGAACGAGACAGCUUGAAUGCAUUCUAAAACUUAGUUCUAACAUUCCAACGUGCGUAUUUAUGUUAUUGUGUUGUUUGAAAGAUAAAAUACCUAAUACAAUUAAGAUUGAAACAAAAUGAAACCAUCUAUUAACAUAAAGCGUAAAAGUAUUGUUGUAAAAAGCCUUAUUUUUGCAAGUAAGAGUACCAGUUGAAAAAAACACUAUUACUGUAUAGUAAAAAACGCCGCGAACAAUUCGCAACCAAGACAUAAACCAACAAAACCACACUUUCACUAGUCGUAGUAGGCCAUCAGUAUUUCUAACUAGUAACGUUUAAGCUGCAGCCAACACCAGUCAACUGAAACCAAAAACAAGUCAGCCACUCAAUUCUAUUAACCGUCAACAUUUGAAAAGAAAAAAAAACCCAUAAAUAGACCACGCACUGCGCUUUGAAUGUUCAAAGGUAGAAUAUGCAGAUUAAAAUCGACAUGUGAUGCAAAUACUACUUUUACUUACACAAUACAACUAUCACCAAACACAAUCAAAUUAAAUGCAGAAGAAAAUUUGUUUUUACAUUUUGCAAAUAGCCGGAUCUUGCCGUCAUUUGUUAGCUGGGAGAAUGCUUCAUACUUAGUAUCAUAAACUUGCACAGGCUUCCUAAGGAAACUAAACUGACACACUGUUGACAAGAAUUCGACGCCAGACAAAUAGGUCAUGAGUAGAGAGCAUAAUAUAAAUGCAAAUUGCUAAGCAAGCCAUUCAGUGCAUCACCAUUUAAGAAAGUAGAUAAGAUAACAAACUCGAGCAGAUUUACUAGACAACUGAAUAAAAUUAAACAUUAAUUAAAUAACAAAUGAUACAAACUCGGAUUGGAUAAGCAUUCCUCCAACACUUGUAGGCGAAGUAUACAAUAAAAAAGAAAGUCAAAUCAUACAAACAAAAGCAGAACUACAGACAACAAAAAACCAAAAUGGUCAGAAGCGAAGAGAACAAAACAAUUAACUGUGCAUUCUUUUUGAUAUGAACAAGAAAAAAAACAUAGCGAAUACAAACGAUUAAAUAGCAAACUACUGGACGUGGAAGAAAUUCGAGUAGAAAAAGGAGGCAAAGUAACGACAGGAAUGAUUAGCAAUUGGUGAAAAUGUCCGACGGAGUCAAGUGUUUGGCAAUUUAGUAAACCUUAAGCAUUUUAAUGGAAGAAAAACAAAUAAAACAACAUCUGGUAAGGAUCAA